CUCUCUUGUAGCAAAAUGAAGCUUUCCUUUUUGGUUAGGUGAGGUGAGGCCUCCCCAAAGGGGAAUCUCGAGGACUUGCUUGCCUGAAUUCCUGAAGCUAUGGCUAUCAUCUGUGUCUGUUCUUCUUGAUCUCCCCCCUACCCCACCCCCUUGGUUGCUAAAUUUAUCUGCCUUCUUGGCCAUAAAAGGCCAGGUCUAUGGCCCUGACUUUCUCCUGACUACAGGCAUUAUUUUUGUACUGGCCCCCAGGGCCAGUCUUUAGCCCUGCCUCUUUUUUUUUUCUUCGAUUCAACUUGGGCAGAUUCUUCAUUCUGUCAUUCAGUUCCAUCGCUACAUCGGAACCUUUCCACCAUCAUUACUCAUUUGGACCCUGGAUCAGCAAUUUGUUGAGGGACUUGUGGAAACAGCAGAGAAAUAGAAAGAUCAUCUGUCCCCUGAGACUCCUGAUUAAAACAGACCUCCAUAAAGAACUGUACAAAGUAGUGGCGCACUAUGUCUUUGCCUUUCUACCAGAAGUACCAUGAGCACUAUGACAGAGCCUAUCGCAACAAAGAUCUUCGGUCCACCAUGAGCCAAUAUCAGCAGGAGAAGAAGAGCUCUGCCAUCUAUACUCAUGGCUCAACAGCCUACAGUCACAUGUCCUCGGCCCACCACCAGGCCUCAGAGGCCUAUGGUUCUUCGGCCUAUAGGCAGGGCUCCCAGGCCUAUAGCCUUGGAUCUGCAGCCUAUUCCUUAGGAUCCGAAGUCAGUAGUAAAGCAUCUUCAGCCUACGAUUAUGGCUACAAUCUUGGACUCACAGAUUCAUCUCUAAUGAUAGAAGAUUAUUCCUCCAAGUUGAGUCCACAAACUAAAAGGGCCAAAAAGAGCCUUGUCUCUGGAGAAGAGAAAGAAAACCAGUCAAAAGACUACGUGGUACCUAUCUUCUCAGGGCGCCAGGUACAUGUCAAUGGAAUUAGUGAUACAGAAGAAGAAAGAAUUAAAGAAGCUGCUGCCUAUGUUGCCAGGAGAAAUCUUUUGGCCACUGGUAAAGGCAUCACCACCACUACCACCAAGCAGUCCACGGUUUCUUCGCAGCAGGAAGAGCUUUUUGAGAAGAAAUCAAGGAAAGUGGCCAUACGGGAGAAGGCAGAACGCCUGGCAUUGAGAAAAACAUUAGAAGAGACUGAGGAAUUUCAUAGAAAGUUGAAUGAAGAUAGCCUCCUCCAUGCUCCUGACUUUGUCAUCAAGCCUCGUUCCCACACUGUCUGGGAGAAACAGAAUGUCAGAUUACACUGCUCUGUGUCAGGCUGGCCAGAACCACGGCUCACAUGGUACAAAAACCAUGUGCCCAUUAAUGUCCAUGCUAACCCUGGAAAGUACAUCAUUGAGAGCCGAUAUGGAAUGCACUCUCUGGUGAUUAAUGCAUGUGAUUUUGAAGACACUGCUCAGUAUCGGGCUUCUGCUAUGAAUGUUAAAGGAGAGCUCUCAGCUUAUGCUUCCAUCGUGGUAAAGAGAUACAAAGGAGAGUAUGAUGAGACUCGUUUCCAUGCUGGAGUUUCCACCAUGCCCCUCAGCUUUGGUGUCACCCCAUAUGGCUUUGCUUCCAAGUUUGAAAUCCACUUUGAUGACAAGUUCGAUGUAUCUUUUGGAAGAGAGGGUGAGACAAUGAGUCUGGGCUGCCGUGUUGUUAUUAGCCCUGACAUUAAACACUUCCAGCCAGAAGUUCAGUGGCUCAGAAAUGGGACACUUGUCUCUCCAUCAAAAUGGGUCCAAACACAAUGGAGUGGGGAUCGAGCAACAUUGACCUUUUCCCAUCUCAAUAAAGAGGAUGAAGGGCUCUACACCCUCCGUGUGCGGAUGGGAGAAUAUUAUGAGCAAUACAGUGCAUAUGUCUUUGUUCGAGAUGCUGAUGCCGACAUCGCAGGAGCUCCCGCUUCCCCCCUAGAUGUGGUUUGCUUAGAUGCCAACAAAGAUUAUGUCAUCAUCUCUUGGAAACAGCCUGCUGUAGAUGGAGGGAGCCCAAUCCUGGGCUAUUUCAUUGACAAAUGUGAGGUAGGCACAGACAUCUGGUCCCAAUGCAAUGACACACCGGUCAAAUUUGCUCGCUUCCCAGUCACUGGAUUAAUUGAAGGUCGUUCUUACAUAUUUCGUGUCCGAGCCGUGAACAAAACUGGAGUAAGCAACCCGUCCCGGGUUUCUGAGCCUGUAGCAGCACUGGACCCAGUAGACAGAGCCAGAUUUAAAAGUCAACCUUCUGCACCCUGGACUGGACAGAUCAUUGUCACUGAAGAGGAACCUGCAGAGGGUGUUGUUCCUGGGCCACCUACUGACCUCUGUGUGACAGAAGCAACCAGAAGUUAUGUUGUACUUAGCUGGAAGCCACCUGGUCAGCGUGGUCAUGAGGGCAUUAUGUACUUUGUGGAAAAGUGCGUGGCAGAUACAGAGAACUGGCAGAGAGUGAACACGGAGAUCCCUGUCAAGUCUCCUCGUUUUGCCCUGUUUGAUUUGGCUGAAGGGAAAUCCUAUCGUUUCCGAGUUCGAUGCUCUAACUCGGCAGGAGUUGGUGAGCCCUCAGAGGCAACUGAUGUUACUGUGGUUGGAGACAAACUUGAUAUUCCCAAAGCCCCUGGCCGAAUCAUUCCAAGCAGGAAUACAGAUACUUCGGUGGUUGUUGCUUGGGAGGAAUCAAAAGAUGCUAAAGAGUUGGUUGGCUACUACAUCGAGUCAAGUGUUGUUGGAUCUAAUCAGUGGGAACCCUGCAACAACAACCCUGUGAAAGGCUCACGGUUUAUCUGCCAUGGACUUCUUAAUGGUCAGAGUUAUAUUUUCCGAGUCAGAGCUGUGAAUGCGGCUGGACUUAGUGAAUAUUCACAGGAUUCAGAAGCAAUUGAAGUGAAAGCUGCUAUUGCUACACCAUCUCCACCCUAUGACAUAACUUGUCUUGAGAGUUUCCGUGACUCAAUGGUUCUUGGAUGGAAGCAACCAGAUAAGACUGGUGGAGCUGAAAUUACUGGCUAUUACGUGAACUAUCGUGAAGUUAUUGGUGGAGUACCUGGGAAGUGGAAGGAGGCCAACAUUAAGGCCGUCAGUGACCAGGCAUACAAGAUAAGCAACUUGAAAGAAAACAUGGUCUAUCAGUUCCAAGUGGCUGCGGUGAACAUUGCUGGGGUGGGGACUCCCUCUCAAGCUAGUGCAUCCUUUAAAUGUGAGGAAUGGACCAUCGCUGUUCCAGGACCACCUCAUGAUCUAAAGUAUAGUGAAGUCAGGAAAACCUCCCUGGUUCUCCAGUGGAAGCACCCAGUCCAUUCUGGUCGCACUCCGGUUACUGGUUUCUUUGUUGACAUCAAGGAGACGAAGGCUAAAGAUGAUCAAUGGAAAGGGAUCAACGAGAAGCCAAUAACAAACACAUACUUGAAGGUCCAAAACCUCAAGGAAGGUGUCAGUUAUGUAUUCCGUGUCCGAGCCUUAAACCAGGCAGGGGUCGGGAAACCUUCUGAUAUUGCUGGUCCUGUUGUGGCAGAAACCCGUCCAGGAACCAAAGAGAUUGUCGUCGAUGUUGAUGAUGAUGGAGUCAUUUCACUGAACUUUGAAUGUGAUCAGAUGUCCAAAGACUCUAAAUUCAUCUGGUCCAAGGAUUAUAAAUCAGUUGAAGAUUCUCCUCGACUAGAAGUUGAUGCCAAAGGCAAUAAGGCUAAAGCUACUUUUAAAGACCUUGGAAUAGAUGACUUGGGAAUUUACUCCUGUGAUGUCACAGACACUGAUGGAAUUGCUGCAAGCUAUUUAAUAGACGAAGAGGAGAUGAAACGUUUACUUGCUCUCAGCCAAGAACACAAAUUCCCAACUGUCCCACUUAAAUCUGAGUUGGCUGUAGAAAUUAUGGAAAAGGGGGAAGUUCGGUUCUGGAUGCAGGCUGAAAAGCUCUCAGGCAAUGCCAAGGCCACUUACAUAUUUAAUGAUAAGGAAAUCUUUGAUGGGCCGAAAUAUAAGAUGCACAUGGACCGAAACACAGGAAUAAUUGAAAUGAUUAUGGAGAAGCUUCAGGAUGAGGAUGAGGGAACAUAUACGUUCCAGAUCCAAGAUGGGAAAGCAACCAACCAUUCUACUCUUGUUCUCAUUGGGGAUGUCUAUAAAAAACUUCAGAAAGAAGCUGAAUUCCAGAGGCAAGAAUGGAUCCGGAAACAAGGUCCUCAUUUUGCUGAAUAUCUCAGCUGGGAAGUGACUGGUGAAUGCAAUGUGCUAUUGAAAUGCAAGGUGGCCAAUAUUAAGAAGGAAACAAAUAUUGUAUGGUAUAAAGAUGAGAGGGAGAUAACAGUGGAUGAAAAACAUGACUUUAAGGAUGGUAUAUGUACUCUGCUUAUAACAGAGUUUUCCAAGAAAGAUGCUGGUUUUUAUGAAGUGAUACUGAAAGAUGACCGAGGAAAAGACAAGAGCAGACUAAAGCUAGUGGAUGAAGCUUUUAAAGACCUGAUGACUGAAGUCUGCAAGGCAAUUGCUUUGUCUGCCACAGAACUGAAAAUCCAGAGCACAGCAGAGGGUAUCAGGCUGUACUCCUUUGUUAAUUAUUACCUGGAUGAUCUGAAAGUGAGCUGGUCCCACAAUGGAACAGCUGUUAAGUAUUCGGACAGAGUUAAGAGUGGUGUCACUGGGGAGCAGAUUUGGUUGCAAAUCAAUGAGCCUACUCCAAACGACAAAGGGAAAUAUGUAAUGGAGCUCUUUGACGGCAAAACCAAACACGAGAGGAAAGUGGAUCUUUCUGGACAAGCCUACGAUGAAGCUUUUGCUGAAUUCCAGAGGUUAAAACAAGCUGCCAUUGCAGAGAAAAAUCGUGCCCGGGUAUUGGGAGGUUUGCCAGAUGUGGUCACCAUACAAGAAGGCAAGGCACUGAAUCUUACUUGCAACCUGUGGGGUGAUCCCAGUCCUGAGAUCUCCUGGUUGAAGAAUGAAAAGUCACUGGCCUCAGAUGAGCAUUGUAUCCUGAAGCUAGAGGCUGGGAAGACUGCCUACUUCACCAUUACUGCUGUCCAAACGAAUGACUCUGGGAAGUACAGCCUGGUGGUGAAAAACAAAUAUGGCACGGAGACAAGUGACUUUACUGUCAGUGUGUUCAUCCCAGAGGAGGAGGCAGCAAAAUCUGCCUCUGAGACCCCAAAACAAACUAAGAAGACAAAGUAAACUUUAGGCUAAGGAAGAAAGGUAUGUGAGCAGAGAUGAGAUGGCCUGUGAUAGGUGAAUACAAGUGGUUUGAGCCAAAGAUAAGCAGUCUUUCUACCUUCCGCUGAGUUCUUAUGUUAGCGCUGCCCUUACGGGCAUAAUUGUGAAAUCUCCCCUGCGUCCACAAAACCCACUGACGAGGGCCAUCCUCACGGUUUUCCUUCACAAUUAUAUAAUUUCCAAAGCAAAUGACAUGGGAAAUAAAUAGCAAGAUAGAGUUUUAAGAAAAAAAGCAAGAUGAGGCUGUUGGGAAGAAAAGCCAGGAUCAAAGAGAUGCUUUCUAGAGCAUUAGAGUAGCUGGAGACAGUCUUUAGCACAGAAGGUCUUAGAGAGUGCCAUUAGAACAUAGUGUAGCGUAGCAUGGCUCACUAAGACAAGGUGUUAAGCCAACUGGUGUUUUCAAUGUGUGGCCCUAAUAGAAAUCUGUAAGUUUUGUCAAUACUGUUUUGAUGCUGAAACCUCCUCCUCCUUGGCAAAUAAAGGCUCAUGUACUUUUCUUUUUAACCAUCAA